AUGCAGCUGAGGAAGUCUGUAGAGGAGAAUACAAAUGUACUUCAGAAUUUGAAAAAGACUGAUGAGCCUGCACCUGUAGGGAAUUAUAAUCAGAGGAAAGAAGAAGAAGAAAAACUAUUGCAAAAGCUUUCUCAGCAGCUGCAGAAACUUUCUCUGAUACUGGAUCAGGAUAACACAACUUACGCUGUAGAUCAGAAGGAUGCCCAAACAGAAGAUGAAAAUGAAGAGGAUGAUGGUGAAGAAGAGGAAGAAAGUAGUGAGGAGGAAGACAGUGAUGAAGCAGAUGAUGAAGAUGAAUUGUUGGAUGAUCCAGAUGUUAAAGAAUGUAUCACAGUGGGAAACUUUAUCGCACAGCAAGAAGGGGACCUCACAUUUAAAAAAGGGGAAGUCCUGCUUAUACAUGACAAGAAGGCCGACGGCUGGUGGGUAGCUGAAAAUUCCAAAGGGGAGAGAGGACUUGUUCCUAAAACCUACCUUGCAGUCUAUAAUAAUGAUGAAGAAAGCCAAGAAGAAAGUGAAGAGCAGACAGAGGAGGUAGAUGAAACAGCAAGUGGAACUGAAAUUGAAAGAAGGACAGAUUCUCACAGGAAUGCUGUAAGAAGAGCUGUCACAGAGAAUGACACAGUAGAGAUAUUGACGACCAUGGGAGCCAUUCCUGCAGGGUUCCGCCUAUCCACACUUCAUCAGCUCUUAGAAGAAGGUAAUCAAUUUCGAACAAGUUACUUCAUACAGCCUGAACUCACACCCUCCCAGCUGGCUUUUAAAGACUUGGUGUGGAACUCUGAAAAAAAUACUAUCCAUCAAAGAAUAACUCGAGUAUCUCUGAUUUUAACCUUACUGAGCUGUAAAAUGAUUCCAGCCCCAGGAGUUAGCGUACAGGUUCUCAGUAGACAUAUUCGACUUUGUCUAUUUGAUGGCAAUCGGGUGCUCAGUAACAUUCAUACAGUGAGAGCUACGUGGCUACCUAAAAAUCCCCAUACAUGGACCUUUUCUCCAAAGGUAACAGGCAUUUUACCCAGUUUGCUGGAUGGUGACUGUUUUGUCAGGUCCAAUUCUUCAUCUUCAGAUAUUGGAAUAUUGUUUGAACUUGGCAUCACUUAUAUUCGCAACUCAACAGGUGAAAGAGGAGAGCUAAGCUGUGGCUGGGUAUUCCUGAAGCUUUUUACUUCCGAUGGAGUACCUAUUCCUUCCAAGACAUACGAGCUGCUGCUGAAUGGUGGAACUCCUUAUGAGAGAGGUGUGGAGGUUGACCCGUCGAUAUCCAGAAGAGCAAGUGGUAGUGCUUUUCAUCAAAUUCUGACAUUCAGAAAGCAGCCUGCCCUUCUUGUGAAGCUGAGGUCAUUAAGCGUGGAGACAAAAGAUAUGUUGAAUUUGCUACCAGAAACAUUAAUUGGUAGUAGGUGCUACAUCCAUCUCUUGGUAUUUUAUCGACAAAUACUUGGUGACGCCCUCCUGAAAGACAGAAUAAGCAUGCAAAAUGCUGAUUUAAUAUGUAAUCCUAUUUUAGCAACUUUUCCCCAAAUCAUGGAUCAGCCAGACCUGAUAGAUGCACUUCGGAGCGCUUGGGCGGAUAAAGAACAAACUUUGAAGAGAUCAGAGAAGCGAGACCGGGAAUUUGUGAAGUCUCAGUUUGUCCUGGCGUACCACGACUCUGUCUUUCCUCUCCUCCAGUCCACUCUCCUCCCCAGUCCCAAGUGGGCUGAGGAAGAGACCGAAGCUUCUCGCUGGAAGGUGAUCGCCGAGUUCUUGAAAAGGACCCGGGAGAACGAUGGUGCCCUUCAGUUCUUGCUGUCAUCAGAAAACUCCCACAAAGCCUUUGAUAUCUCAGAGCUGACUUACGAUUUCUUAAGAGAAACUAGGAAAAACAGCCCUCCGGGAUGA